AGGAGGCAAACAGAAGCUAUGGAGGAGACGAAGACACUGAGAGGGACAACACUAAUAACACUUUCAUGAGGAGAAGCUACAGAGACACGAACGUAAUCUCCAUCGUGUUGUGUGUCUGUGUGGAGGGGGGGGUGCCCUUGUUGGACCCUGGGUGGUCCGCGGACCCGUGUUUGGGAACCACCGCCCCUGGGAAGCAGCGCGUUUUUAGGGGAGAACGCGCCCACGUGACUGAGGAGAAACAUCAGCCAGCGACUCCGCAGCUGCGCGUGUGACGGAGAACACGGCACCGGGCGGAGGAGAAGAGGAAGAAGAGGAAGAAGAGGAAGAAGAAGGAGAGGAAGAGAAGGAGAGGAAGAGAAGGAGACGCUCGACGAGGGAACACUCAGCCUCCGCAGACUCCGCCACCCGACGCGCCUGGCCGCCUCACCCGCGCCAUGGACGGUUACGCCCGGACCGAGGACGAGCUGUUCUCCGCCUGCCUCCUCAACCUCACCUGGGAGAGCUGCUACGAGCAGUGCGCUGCUUUGGUUGGUGAAGACCAGCCCCUCUGCCCAGACCUCCCUGAACUCGACCUCUCAGAGCUGGAUGUCAGUGACUUAGACGCAGACAGCUUCCUGGGUGGCCUCAAAUGGUACAGCGACCAAUCAGAGAUCAUUUCCACUCAGUAUGGCAAUGAGGCAUCCAAUCUUUUUGAGAAGAUAGAUGAAGAAAAUGAGGCCAACUUGCUGGCAGUGCUUACAGAGACCCUGGACAGCAUCCCGGUGGAUGAGGACGGAUUGCCUUCGUUUGAGGCCCUGGCAGAUGGGGACGUGACCAAUGCCAGUGACCGGAGCUGUCCCUCCUCCCCCGACGGCUCGCCGCGCACCCCAGAGCCUGAGGAGCCUUCCCUGCUGAAGAAGCUCCUUCUGGCGCCUGCAAACUCCCAGCUCAGCUAUAAUCAAUACACAGGUGGCAAGGCACAGAACCAUGCAGCCAGCAGCAACCACCGGAUCAGACCACCACCUGCCGUCGUCAAGACGGAGAGCCCCUGGAAUGGCAAAGCGAGAGGGGGCUCCAGCACACAGAACCGCGCGGUGAGGCGGCCUUGCACUGAGCUGCUGAAAUACCUUACGGCCACCGAUGACAUCCUGCUCCACACCAAAGCCAGUGAAGCCAAGAGCACCUGGGGUGGUGCCAGUGGCAGAGACAAGAGUGGCCUGGGUCUUGGCGCCUCUUCCUCCUCCUCUUCGCCGUCCUCAUCAUCCACCUCCUCGUUCUCCUCCCUGUCCUCCACCUCUUCGUCUUCCUCCACCGCCUCCAAGAAGAAGUCAGCUGUGCCAUCUCAACAGCAGCAGCAGCAGCAGCAGCAGCAGCAGCAGCAGCAGCCGCAGCAGCAUCACCAGCGAGGUGAGAGCCGGGCUGCAGGCGAGUGUAGUGUGGCUGGUGUUGGGGCUGGGAAGUGGCAGCGUUGCACUCACGAUGGCGGUGUUGAGGAGUCGGAGGGUGCCUCUAUCCCUGUCGGCCACAGAACCUCCACCUGCGGCCAUGCCUGCCCCAAACUGGAGCACGGGCCGCCCAGUGAAGAAGGAAGGCUGCCAGGCGAUGCGGACCGCCUGGCCGCCGCUAGGUUUAUUAGGUAUAUGCAUUCUUAUUCCCUCCCUCCAAGAGAGGUGAGUCACAGCUGUGAGCAUUGCCGAGAGGCUGCGGGCGCCACUCAGGCUAGUGAGGGCUUUGGCAGGCAAGGCCGUAGCAAGAGAAGUGGUACCAGCCGUGCACCUCAUAGGCACAUCACAGUGACUAUUAAGAAAAGAGAUGGGAAGCUGGGGCACCCCUUACUUAGCCAGCUGCUCACCUCCAAACAGAGGCCUGCUCGGUAUCUGGCCCACCUUGUCCCACCUAAGAUCACCCCUUUACCCAGCACUCAGGGCAAAUUAGCAGGUAAGAGGUCUGAGAGUACAUCCCAGGCAGUUUCAAAGGUGAAGGAGGAGGAGUUCAGAGUUACCAGUGAUUUUAAAAACUGGGGAGUAAGUCAAGCUGAAGAGCCUGACUCAGGGCCUCUGUUGUCACCUCUUGCCUUAGACCUAGAGAGCUGGGUUAGCCAACAAGAUCCAGGGCUAGACAUUGGCUUUGGACUAGAACUGGGCUGGCCAAUCCAGGGGGGCUGUGGGGAGGAUGUUGACCAUAAUGAUGAUGAUGAUGAUGGUGUUGAUGAUGAUGACCAUGUCACGGGAAGCCCUGCAGCGGUGCUCUCACAGGGGCCACCAAGCCCACUCUUCCCAGAAACUAUAAAUGCAGAGCCCACCCUUUCCUGCAUCAUACAAGGGCAAGGGCACCCACACAGACAGGCGCUCAGCAAGCACCCCGACGACCAGGGCCACCCGUUGUUAGCCAAACCAACCACCUUGCCACUUCCUUUGACCCCAGAGUCUCCAAAUGACCACAAGGGAUCACCGUUUGAGAACAAAACCAUUGAAUGCACAUUAAGUGUGGAGAUUGCUGGAACCCCAGGUCUGACACCACCUACCACGCCCCCACACAAAGCCAGUCAAGAGAAUCCUUUCAAAGCAUCGCUCAAAACCAAGUUGUCUUCAUGUUCCUCCUCGGCCCUGGCAUGCAAAAGAGCCAGGUUGACCGAGUUGGGCCCCAGCACUCUGGCCCCGGCCCCAGGUGCCUCAGGCGGGGGCCCCAACAGGAAGGGUCCCGAACAGACUGAGCUUUAUGCCCAGCUGAGCAAAGCGUCCACCGCCCUCCCUUACUCUGCCACCAAACGCACGGCAGUGGGCUGUCUCGGGGAGCAUUGCAGCACUAGCAACAAUAAGCGGGCGGCGCCCCGUAGCUACAGUGACCAUGACUAUUGCCAAGCGUCAGCUAGCACUAAGAAGGACGGCGGCACAGCCACUGUUACCAUGACUACAGCAGCGGAAAUAACAGUCACCUCAGGUGCCGCUGCUGCUCCCAUGCCUACCACAGGCAAAGUGGAGGACAGGCAUGUCGAAUGUAAGGACUCAGCCAUGCCACCAUCCUCUUCAUCAUCUUCAUCCUCUUGCUCUCCAUCAUCAGCUUCAUCUGGUCCUUUGGCUGAGCAGCAGAAUGUUGCCUCUGUGGAUGGAAGAGCAGUACGGGUCCAGGGGAAGCAGACCCUUACACAAACCACCCAGAGCCCCUCACAAGAGGUCGCAACUGACAGGGACCAACCACACCCUUCUGCCACCAGCCGGAAGCUCUUAUGCGACCAAGAAAUUAGAGCAGAACUCAACAAGCACUUUGGCCCCCCCUUACAAGCCGUCUGUAGUCCGGGUGGUCAGGCAAAAGAACCAGGCAGCAAAUCAAACAAGGCUGCAUCCCUUCAGGAGGGAGUGGAUGACAGUUACUCCCAGAGGCAGCCUGGCCCCAGCUUCCUGCAUCCAGGGUUCCUGCCCUUCCACGAUGAGCUUGAACUGGGUGAGGGCCGCGAGAAUCGUUUCCUCUAUCCAUGGGAGGGCACCCCUCUGGACCUACUCUUUGACUGCCCCCCCUGCUCUCCCUCCUGUUCCCCACCAUCCAGCUGCUCCCCCUCGCGAGGCUCCGUCUCCCCACCCUCCUCUCUCCUCCUCUCGCCCGGCAGGCCUUUCUGCUGGACCAGCGCCCGCACCCGCACCCGCUCCCGUUCCCACUCUGGCUCCCGCAGCUCCUCCUCACACUACCGAGGGCGCUCCCUCUCCAGCUCACCUGACAGACGUCCCUCCUCUUGGUCUCGUCAGAACACAGAUUCAAGCACCUUCCGCUCCAGGACUCACAAGAGCCCCCACCCUCCGUCUCGAUCUCCCCUCAGCCGCAGGCCAAGGUAUGACAGCUACGAGGAGUACCAGCACGAGAGGCUGAAGAGGGAGGAGUAUCGCCGGGACUACGAGAAGCGGGAGUUCGAAAGAGCCGAGCAGAGAGAGAGGCAGAGGCAGAAAGCAAUAGAGGAGAGACGGGUGGUGUACGUGGGGCGACUGAGGUCCAACUGCACCCGGACAGAGUUGAAGCGCCGCUUUGAAGUCUUUGGCGAAAUUGAAGAAUGUGCCGUGAACUUGAGGGACGAUGGGGACAAUUUUGGCUUCAUCACGUACCGCUACACUUGUGACGCCUUCGCCGCCCUUGAGAACGGACACACCUUACGCAGGUCAAACGAGCCCCAGUUCGAGCUGUGCUUUGGCGGACAAAAGCAGUUCAGCAAAUCACAUUACACGGACUUGGACUCCCACUCGGACGACUUUGAUCCAGCCUCCACGAAAAGCAAGUACGACUCCAUGGAUUUUGACAGCUUGCUGAGGGAGGCGCAGCGCAGCCUGAGAAGGUAACCAGUGCAGUGGCACCUGAGAGGGACGUCUUAUACCUCACUCUUGUUUCUCGCUCCUUUGAAGACGAGACUACCAGAAGUUUUACACUCUAUGUCAUAGAGUAUAUAAGAGUUAAGUCUAUAGACCUAUAUCAAUAUAAAUGAAUAUAUCAAAAAUAAAGUUUACAUGAACAUAGCUGCUGAAGAGCGGGGUGGGGGAGAGACAUUGCAUUGUGGGAAAGCCAGUGAUCCCUCAGAACCCGGUGCACUUGUUCUGUGCACUCUACUGCUGUACAACCAUCAGUGAAAGAAGAAGAAGAAGCUACUUUUAUCUCCAAGUACUACAAUGCCCACAAUUCUUUGGGGGUGAAAACAUGCAGCUUGUUCAGCCAGAUUUGUUUUUCUUCCUUUUUAUUUUAUUUUGCUGUUGAUUUUUUUCUUUCUUCUAAAUCUGGUGUUUGGAUCUGGUGUUACAUUACAAACAAAGAGUAAAGGGAAUUGUGUCUUGGAGGUGAGAUUCUCAAGAUAACAUUGUUGUCUACAUUUUAAGGAGAAAUGUAGCUGUGUAUUUACAAAUGCUCUAAAAAGGAAUAUUUUUAUUUUAUGUACAUAUGGGAUAAAGUUCUUUAUUUGUUACAGCUAUGCACUGUAAAACGCAGCCUUUUUUAAAGAUGAGGAGAACAUUUCUUAAUUCAGAAUGUCGAUCUGUAGUAAUUACAAUACUGUAAAACAUAUUGUACACCUACAUGACGUUUAGAAGACAUGACAUGAUUGUAAAAAAAAAAAAGAAAGAACCAGAUGUGUCCAGUUGCUCAUUUUGAGGGAGCAUGUGAACAAACGUCUUUUUUUAUGUUAUUUUGUUGGGCAAAAACAGUCAACCAUGUAUAGUUUUCUCUGUUUAUAAAGUUUCUCAAUCAGUGUUUUUGCUUAUACAACCAGUGUAAAAUGCAUUUUUAACGUGUUUUUCAUGAUUGUAAAA